AGUCUCGUUUGAUUUUAGGUAGGUGUUCCGCGGUACGUAUCAGCUGUUCGGGUGACAGUUUGCCAGCCGUGAUCAGAGUGUCGAGGCUUAUUGUUUGGAAAGCAAUAUGGCUAUCUGGUGACCAGUAACAGUGCGAUACGUAGACAAAGGGGCACGCAGUUCUCAUGGUAGUUGGAGACGCGCGUUGUGCGUGCCGUUCUAGUUUACUUAAGUAAAAGGAGCCACGGUUAGUCCGUAGAAUGUUGGAGCUGGAGGUAGUGCCCGAGAGGUCCCUCGGCUGCGAGCAGUGGGAAUUUAUUUUAGGUAUGCAUUUUUCCCAAUCUGUUGCUAUAAUACAAUCCCAAGUGGGCAUUAUAAGGGGAGUGCAAGUCCUGUACAGCGACAGUAAUCCUUUAGAUGUAGACUUAGUGAUAAAUUUACCUCAUGAUGGUGUUCGGCUUAUAUUUGACCCUGUGGUGCAGAGGCUCAAAAUAAUUGAAAUUUAUAAUAUGAAAUUAGUGAAACUUAAGUACUGCGGUUUACCCUUCAAUUCACCAGAGGUAUUACCGUCUAUCGAGCAGAUAGAACAUUCGUUUGGUGCAACUCACCCUGGUGUUUAUGAUAGUGAUAAACAGGUGUUUGUUUUAAAUUUCCGAGGUUUGUCAUUUUACUUCCCCAUAGACUCCAAGUUUCAACCUGGCUAUGCACAUGGUCUUGGGUCGUUACAAUUUCCAAAUGGAACUUCCCCUCUUGUAGCAAAAACAGCUAUUUACGUUGGUAACAUGGCUGCUGGAAGUGGAAGUGAUGAGCACAAUUUGAAGGCACCACCACCUCCUUUACCACUUGUCUGCUAUCACAAUAAUCUUUAUUUAGAGAAGGCAGAUGUUAUACGUGAUAAGAUUCGUACUCGAGGUCUUAGACUACAUCUUUUCACAGAAGGUAGCUCUGUAACUAGGGUAUUGCUGGAACCGAAGAAACACUGCUUGACCAAAGAGGUGUUAUUUGGCGAUACCUGUGAAGAUGUGCUGAGCGCAUUGGGUGCCCCGUCUCGUGUCUUCUUUAAGGCUGAGGAUAAAAUGCGAAUACAUAGCCCCCAUGCGCAUAAACGGGACAAAAUAAGACGGUCCGAUUUCUUUUACAAUUAUUUCACCUUAGGAUUGGACGUCUUGUUUGAUGCCAAAACCCAAUGCGUCAAAAAGUUUGUGUUACACACAAAUUAUCCGGGGCACUAUAACUUUAAUAUGUACCACCGUUGUGAAUUUUCGCUGACUUUACCGUCUGAAAAUACUGAAUCGGGAAAACUGAUUGAUGUUUCCCCAGUGAAUGUAUUGAUCACUGCCUAUACCAAAUGGGAUCGAAUCAGCGAGCAAUUGAAGGCUAGUGCACGACCGGUGGUCUUGAAUCGAGCGUCUUCUACGAACACAACAAAUCCGUUCGGAUGUACGUUUUGUUACGGUAUACGUGAUGCGAUCGUCGAGGUCAUGGCGAAUCAACACAUUGCUAGUGUAACUUUGUACAGAGCGGCGUGACCUUGAUUAUUCGCGCAAUAUGGUGCAUUAUCGAGUGCUCUGUAAAGAGCGAACGAAGGAAAUGGCAUUGGAAGGAUGAAAAUAAAAAAAAAUAUAUAUAUAUGUAAGGAUAGGAGGCACGUUUGGACGUUGGUAAUCGUGUAAUAGCAUCUGCUCUGAAGGACUGUGUUAUCCCGGACAGAAGUGAUAAGCUAGAGUAACGCGUGUCGGACAGCGAUGCAAUUUUUUAAACAGUAACGUAACAUUAGAGAAAUGUGCAAGGAUGUCAGACGGGAGAGAGGUAAGAUUUUCAAUUACCUGGGGAGGCGAUGCAACGUGAGGCUCAGAAACCAAGCGAUAUCAUUUUGAAUAUCACGUAUUGUUGCUUAUAAUAUUUUACAUUCUUCCUUGGGUUCGCCCGUCAAAGGAAACAAACAAACAAACAAAAAAAAAGGAGAAAAAGUGGAAAAAAAGCAAAAAGAACAUCAACUAAGGGGUACAAGUGUCUGCAAUAUUCGAUAAUAUCAUAUUUAAUAUACUGUUUUUAUCUUUUGGUUAUAAGUUUUAAAUAUAGCUGACAAAAAAAAAGUGGUUUUGUGUGAGCAAUCAAUAUUGUAACAUUUGAGCUCGAUAAAUUUAAAAGAACAAAAAAA